CCUCGUAUGGGAACAAUUACCCGCCAAAUAUCCCCGAAACUGGUCCACGAACAGUGUUCCUCGAACGCCUGAUCAGAUGCCCAUUCUUCUCCCCAUCUAUCUUCUUCAUUUACAGCUCCGCUUUGUUUCCACAGCCACGCGAUGAACAAAACCCAGCGUUUCAAACGAGUCGCCAAACCCAAACUACCGAUUUCGACUACCCAACCCGACGACCUCGAGACUCGGCCGAGUAACCGCUCCAAGGCGCUGACCAUUAGGGUCAAACCCAAACCCAACCCCAAAUUGAAUGCUGUUCCAAUCCCAGAUCUCUCUUUUGACAGAAUGACGAUCCUGUCCCCUGAAUUCUAUCAGAUUGACGCUCUAGAUCUCGCCCCACGUUUGCUUGGCAAGCUUCUUAGGAGGGACGACGUUGUUCUUCAGAUUACCGAGGUUGAAGCUUACAGACCGAACGAUUCCGCUUGUCAUGGUCGAUUUGGAAUUACAGCAAGAACAGCCCCAGUUUUUGGACGAGGUGGUCAUGCGUAUGUUUAUCUAUGCUAUGGUCUCCAUACAAUGCUGAAUAUUGUGGCUGACAAGGAAGGAGUUGGUGCUGCUGUGUUAAUACGCUCUUGUGCUCCCAUUGCCGGAUUGGACACCAUUCAGCAGCGUCGAGGCCGGGAAACUGACAAGCCGGUUCUUCUUACUGGGCCUGGAAAGAUCGGUCAAGCACUGGGUCUUUCCACAGAAUGGUCUAACCAUUGCCUUUAUACUCCUGGCGGUUUAGAACUCUUAGAUGCUCCAGAGCCUGAAAAGAUACUAAUCGGUCCACGUGUUGGCAUUGAAUAUGCUUUACCUGAGCAUGUCAAUGCAUUAUGGAGAUUUGCUGUUGCGGAUACCGCGUGGAUAAGUGCCCCUAAAAACACCCUGAGGCCGCCCUGAUCUUUUUAUAUAAUGUGGUUUGAUUUUUGCAACAUUUGGAGGAAAUGAAGAUGUAAAUAUUGCUUUCCGUGGAACAGAUUGAAAAGGGCAGAACCUGUUUCCAAAUGUGACCAACUAAUGGCCAAGUUGGCCUUUAAACAAAGAUAGAGAGAGCUCAAGCUUCGAAUAUGUU